UACAACCAGAUGCAAUCCUAAGCUAAAUCCUUUCUUAAAUCGGCCACCAAACACCGCCUUGAGCUGAACAUCACUCAGCCUAAACGGCCGGUAAACCUCCGUCGCCACCGUCUUACAGAUGCGCCGUAAUCCACUUUCAUCGACCCGCCCAGCUGUUCAAACCCUAACACCAAACCACAAUUCUUUCCUCUCCUUUCUCUCGCCGCAUCAUUCCCUUUCCCGCUCCAAAAAGAAAAUCGCAGCUCCGCGCGACGAAUCCGACGACCCUCCCUUUUCGCCAUUAACCAAAAUCAAACAACCGAAACCCGACCUUCCACCCAGAACCCUAGUUUCUGGCAAGGGAAAGACCCCGGCUCCAUUCCACUCUGACCUCCCAUUUGAUUUUCGCUUCUCCUAUUCUGAGACUGAUGCUUCAGUGCGACCGAUAGGGUUCCGCGAGCCCCCGCGCUUUUCUCCGUUUGGUCCCGGCCGGCUUGACCGGAAAUGGAACGGUGUCUCUGCUCCUGCAGUCGGGGAGUUUCUGCCGGAAGGAGCUAUGGAAGAGCAACGGAGGUUUGUGCUUGGGGAGCCGCUGAGCGAAGAGGAGGUCGAGGAGCUCGUUGAGCGGUACCGACACAAUGAUUGUUCUCGUCAGAUUAAUCUAGGAAGAGGUGGUGUAACUCAUAAUAUGAUAGAUGACAUCCACAAUCACUGGAAAAGAGCCGAUGCUGUGAGAAUAAAGUGUCUUGGAGUUCCUACACUUGACAUGGACAAUGUUUGCUUCCACCUUGAGGAUAAAACAGGCGGAAAAAUCAUCUAUCGAAAUAUUAACACGCUCCUUUUGUAUCGUGGUCGAAACUAUGAUUCCGAAAAUAGGCCAAUUAUUCCUCCAAUGCUAUGGAAGCCACUGGCGCCAAUUUAUCCAAGGCUCGUGAAAAAUAUUGCAGACGGCCUGACCUUUGAGGAAACCAAAGCAAUGAGGAACAAAGGACUAAAUUCCCCCUCUUUGAUGAAGCUCUCUAGGAAUGGCGUGUAUAUUACUGUUGUGGAAAGAAUUAGGGAGGCUUUCAAAACUUUAGAGGUGGUGAGAUUAGAUUGUAGCCAUGCAGGAAGCAGUGACUGCAAGAAGAUUGGUGUAAAGCUAAGGGAUUUGGUGCCCUGUGUUCCCAUACUGUUCAAAGAUGAACAAAUUAUAUUAUGGAGAGGUAAAGGUACGGACGAUUCAAAUCAAUCUGUUACGUCCAGUUAGGAUGCAUAAUUUUGAAUAUUUUCUUGGGCGUGUGCGCUAAUUGCGAACAAUGCAUUACAAUAACAGUGAUUUAGGAGUAUGGGUGAUUAUGAAAACAUCAGUCUAUCUCUGCUUUUGACGGCAUUAGUGAUUAUUUAUAACUGAUUGUAAAUAAGAACAUUAAAUAGUUGGGGUAUUUGCAUACAUACCACCCUAUUAUGAAUUUACAUAUUAACACCUAAAGUUUACUGCUUAC